UUCAAAAUAGGAAAGGUCCAAAUCCAAAAUCUCACCCGCAAAGCUGCCCCCAGGACCAUGGAAACUACCCCUCAUAGGAAACAUGCACCAACUUGUUGGCUCACUACCCCAUCACACCCUGAAACGCUUGGCCAGCAAAUAUGGACCUUUCAUGCACCUAGAACUUGGUGAAGUUUCUGCCCUCGUAGUUUCUUCACCAGAAAUUGCCAGAGAGGUUAUGAAAACCCAUGAUACUAUUUUUGCUCAAAGGCCUCCUCUUCUUUCUUCUACUAUCAUAAAUUAUAACGCUACAAGUAUUUCUUUUUCUCCUUAUGGUGACUACUGGAGACAACUUCGAAAAAUUUGUACCAUUGAACUUUUGAGUGCAAAGCGCGUCAAGUCAUUCCAAUCGAUUCGAGAAUAGGAGGUUUCAAAACUCAUCUGGAGCAUCUCUUUGAAUGCAGGAUCACCAAUCAAUCUUAGCGAAAAAAUUUUCUCUUUGACAUAUGGCAUAACAUCAAGGUCAGCUUUUGGCAAAAAAUUCAGAGGCCAGGAUGCAUUUGUAUCAGCUAUCUUGGAAGCUGUGGAGCUGUCAGCAGGUUUCUGUGUUGCAGAUAUGUACCCUUCGCUUAAAUGGCUUCACUAUAUCAGUGGAAUGAAGCCUAAACUUGAGAAAGUGCACCAGAAAAUUGAUAGGAUACUUAACAAUAUUAUUGAUGACCACAGGAAGAGGAAGACAACAACAAAAGCGGGGCAACCCGAAACCCAGGAAGAUCUAGUUGAUGUUCUUUUAAACCUUCAGGAGCAUGGGGACCUUGGAAUUCCCUUAACUGACGGCAACGUCAAAGCAGUCCUAUUGGACAUUUUCAGUGGUGGUGGUGAGACGUCGUCAACGGCUGUGGUGUGGGCGAUGGCAGAAAUGCUGAAAUCCCCAAUAGUAAUGGAAAAGGCUCAAGCUGAGGUUAGACGGGUCUUUGAUGGAAAAAGGGACAUCAAUGAAACAGGCAUUCAUGAAUUAAAAUACUUGAAUUCAGUAGUAAAAGAAACCUUGAGGCUACACCCUUCUGUUCCUUUGUUGCUUCCAAGAGAAUGCAGGGAAAGGUGCGUGAUUAAUGGAUACGAGAUACCUGAAAACACUAAAGUCAUCAUUAAUGCAUGGGCAAUUGCUCAAGAUCCUGAUCAUUGGUUUGAACCCAAUAAAUUUUUUCCUGAGAGGUUCCUGGAUAGUUCGAUUGAUUUCAAGGGUACUGAUUUUAAAUAUAUCCCAUUUGGUGCUGGAAGGAGGAUGUGCCCAGGCAUUUUGUUUGCUAUACCUAAUGUUGAACUGCCACUUGCAAAUUUGCUCUACCAUUUUGACUGGAAACUUCCGGAUGGAAUGAAGCAUGAGGAUCUAGACAUGACUGAGGAAUUUGGGUUGACCAUUAGAAGAAAAGAAGAUCUGAACCUAAUUCCCAUUCCAUAUGAUCCUUUUCUUGUUCUGUGAUCUCACUACCAGGAAGAGGUAUUACGACAAUGUUUGUAUGAUGUUUACAAUGCGAUAGAAAUCGCCAUAAGAGUAAGGAGGAUAAGCAGAAUGUAUUGUCUGUGACAAACUUGUACCUCUAAGUAAAUGAGAUGUUUGUAUAAAUUUCUCUUUUUCUG